AUGGUUGACUCUGCGAAAAUAUUAUACCUCAUAAUAAUACUUUUCGUACUUAUAAUACUGGGUACACCUUUCCUUAGCCCACACUUUGAGGAACUUCCAAUAAAAAAGGAACCCGAACUACAUGGAAAUUUUCUUCACAUAACAGAUUUACAUCCCGAUCCCCGUUAUGAAUCUAAUGCUACCGUCAAAUCAAGGUGUCACAAACAUUUUCAAAGUUCUUCUAAACCAAAACACAUGUUUAAAGGUAAGGCUGGUCCUUGGGGAGCGCCGACGACGAUUUGUGAUGCACCUCUCAGUCUUAUAGAUGCAACAUUUGAAUGGUUGGAAAAAAAUUGGAAGGACCAACUUGAUUUUAUCAUUUGGACGGGAGAUAACUCGAGGCACGACAACGAUGAAAAUUUUCCACGAACUCCGGUGGAAAUGUUUCAAUUGAAUCGGAUGAUUUCCGAAAAGUUUCUAAAGACGUUCGCAAACACCAACAAGGCCAAGAAGAAGCACGCGCCACACUUCAUACCCAUCGUACCAUCAAUAGGGAACAAUGAUAUUUAUCCACAUAAUAUCAUUGAAGCGGGUCCAAACAGUAUGCUCUCAAUCCUUCAUGACAUCUGGUCCCCUUUUAUUCCUAACGGACAGCAUGAGACUUUUAUCAACGGAGGGUAUUAUUAUACGGAGGUGAUCCCGGGAAAACUCAUGGUGGUCUCAUUAAAUACCAUGUAUUUUUUCAAAUCCAAUUCCGCAGUUAAUGGAUGUGUAGAUCCUCUUCAGCCUGGUACGAAAGAAAUGAAAUGGUUGAAUGAUGUUUUGAAAUUGGCACGCGAACGUGGGAUGAAGGUGUACUUGACCGGUCACGUUGCGCCGAGAGCCAGGGCAUACACCAUAACGUGCUAUAAGAGAUACGGUCGGUUAUCAUUAAAGUAUCAAGAUGUCAUAUUAGGACAUUAUUAUGGCCACUCGAAUAUGGAUCAUUUCUUCUUUAUUGGUUCGAAAGGCAUACGCGAAAAAAAUCCUAAAAAUAACACGAAUGGGGAUGUUUUAUCAAUUAGUGAUGAUGAUUUGUAUGAAGAUGAGGAGGAUGAAGAACCCGUCAAAGCCGAAAAUCGAGAAAAAUUUUCUCCCGAAAGCGAUUCAAAGAUUGAUGAAUAUUUGGGCGAACUUCAUCAUCAUUAUAGUGCGAUACCCCCUCAUACUGACCAUUUAGCAAAUGAUUACGUUGUCGUAAAUAUCAAUCCAUCUGUAAUUCCUACCUUCUUUCCCGCUUUGAGAAUAGUUAAAUACAACACGACCGAGGUGACAAGGGACGAAGUUGAUUCGACGAAAUUGCAUCAAAACACCUUUUUAACACCUUUAGGAUACACUCAAUAUUUUAUGAACCUUACCCAAGCAAAUUUAUAUCCAAACAUUACGCCAGAAUAUACAGUUGAAUACACAACGUGGGAUGAUUAUCUUAUGAAAGAUUUAACGGUUCCAAGUUGGAUUCAUUUGGCGAGAGAAAUUGCAAAUAAUGGACUUGAUGGUUCUCUAUGGGAAAAAGUACGAGAAUUUUUGUUGGUAGGAACAAAUUCCUUGAUUAAUCAAAAGAACAAAUCAUUUCAACAAUGUACAUAUUCAAGUUGUUCUGCAAAGGGACCAGAAGAUUAUCUGGCUUCGGAACUUUCGUUUUAA